AACACAUGGAACUGUGGGGUCUGAGAAACUCUGUUUUGGAAUCGCGAGACCCGAAGUUUGUCCCUCUGGGGCUUCCGUAGCUGUUUCUGUCAUUGUCAUUAUCAGCAGCAUGGCGAGCUCCAGUGGUGUAGUGAUGGACGGGGACUUCUUAAGACAUGCUGAAUACACACCGAAAUCCAGCGGGCAGAGUGAGACAGAUGUUGACAAACUCCUUGGUGGCUGUCUGAUGGCAGUGGGGCUGGCAGCGGCAGGGUUUGCAGGUCGAUAUGCAUUCCACUUAUGGAGGCCUUUGAGUCAGGUUAUUACGGAAGCUAUUAAGAAGGUACCUUCCUUGUCAUUUUCUGCAUAUUACAAAGAUGGAUUUGAGCAGAAGAUGACCAGCCGGGAAGCCAGCCUUAUUCUCGGGAUCAGUCCGACCAACACUAAGGCAAAGGUACGGGAAGCCCACAGAAGGACCAUGGUCCUAAAUCAUCCAGGUAAAGGUGGAUCCCCGUAUUUGGCAGCUAAGAUCAAUGAACCGAAAUAUCUGCUUGACUCUGGCCCUCGCCGCUGACCCAGCUGCCUGUGCUUCCCCAACAGAGACUUACAUCUACUUCAGAGCCGAACUUACCCAUGAGCCUCCACAAGUCACUGUUCUCCUCCAUGUUUUUCUGCCAUAAAUCAGCUGACUUUCAGCACAUUGCGCUCUGUUCUAGCUGUCACUGCUCCUCACCGCCACUGUAAUGCAAGUUGGCAAAGGUUGAUCCUUCACAUAAAAGGAUCUUCAUGCUGUCCAUGUGAAAUAUCUAACUGUAAUCUUUAUUAUUUA